AUGGCGGCAGAUCUGGUGCUAGACACGGCGAUCAGAGACUGGGUUCUGAUCCCUCUCUCGGUCGUCAUGGUCCUCAUCGGAGUCCUCCGAUACUUCGUCUCCAAGCUCAUGCGCUCCAGCCAAGUCCCCGAUGCCAAAAUCGUCAAAGAAGGGCAAUUGGUUAUUAGGGCUCGGAAUUUGCGUGCUUCUGCUAAUUUCAUACCUCCCAAGUCGUUUCGCGCUCGCCGAUUUUACUUCAGCAACGAGGAAAAUGGGUUGUUAUUUGUUCCUAAGGGUCAGGCACAGAAUCCACAGGCGCAGAUGUUCUCUGAUCCCAACAUGGCUAUGGACAUGAUGAAGAAGAAUUUGUCUAUGAUCAUACCCCAGACUCUUACAUUUGCGUGGGUCAACUUUUUCUUUUCUGGAUUUGUAGCAGCCAAAAUACCUUUUCCUCUUACUCAGAGGUUCAGGUCAAUGUUGCAGAAUGGGAUUGACUUGAGCACUGUUGAUGUCAGCUAUGUCAGUAGCCGCUCAUGGUACUUUCUCAAUCUGUUUGGAUUGAGAGGCUUGUUCAGUCUCAUUCUGGGAGAAGAAAAUGCCAUGGAUGAUACUCAGCGUAUGAUGCAAAUGAGUGGGUUCGGCAUGGAUCCAUCAAAGAGUUUGGGUGCUGAGAAGGACAGUCUUGAUAUAAUCCAGCACGAUUGGGCCUUACCAAAAUUUGAGCAUCGUGCGGAAGUUGUAUUGAAGAAACUUGUCCGGUAAAGAAUGAAAUCCGGCAGUUAGCGUUGCUGGGCUGAGCCACAGUUCUCAGCUCCGUGCUCCAGUCAUCGGCCUCUUCUGCCAGCAUUGAAGUCAGUUAGUUUGAGCUAUGAAAAAUAUAGCAACCUUUUGAGAAACAUAUCGCUCUAGUCUGUAGCAGCUUACACUCAAAUUUAUUCUGAUUAUUCAUAACACUUUGCUGGUAGUAACUUGUAAUCACUCGAGUGUUUCUAAAUUUUCUAGAUGAAACUCAAACAUGAAGCUUUUUUCUGAUCAACCGCUUUUUAUAGAGUAGCUUUCUCCUGUGA